AUGCAAGUUAAGAAAGGUUACUACAUCGGCAUCGAUGUCGGCACCGGGAGUGCGCGUGCCUGUAUCAUCGACCACAAUGGCGACAUUGUCGGUCUAGCAUCCAAGGAGAUUGGCCUCUGGCAGCCAGAACAGGAAUACUACGAACAAUCAACCUCCAACAUCUGGCAAUGCAUCUGCACCGCAGUCCGCCAGGCCCUCGCCGAGCAAAACAUCCCCCCAGCAGAAAUCCACGGCAUCGGCUUCGACGCAACCUGCUCGCUCUCCGUCUUCUCAUCCAAAACCGACUGCCCGGUCUCCGUCACCGGUCCAGACUUCAAUACCGAUCGCAACAUCAUCUUGUGGCUGGAUCACCGCGCUACAAAUGAAACGGACCUGAUCAAUGCCACUAAGCACAAGGUGCUGCGCUAUGUCGGUGAUACGAUGUCUCUGGAGAUGGAGAUUCCGAAGAUCCUGUGGCUGAAGAAUCAUAUGCCGCCCGAGGUAUUUUCGGAGUGCAAGUUCUAUGAUCUUGUUGAUGCGCUGACCCAUAUUGCGACGGGCGGCGAGGCGCGCAGUUUCUCCAGUAUGGUGUGUAAGCAGGCCUAUCUGCCGAAGGGGGUUGAAGGAAGUACGACAGGAUGGCAGAAGGAUUUUCUGGAGGAAAUAGGACUAGGUGAACUGGCAAACGGGGGCUUCAGUCAGAUUGGUGGUGUCAACGGUGAAACCGGUCAGCAUCUAAGCGCGGGCGAAUGUGCCGGUACCCUCUGCGAAAAAGCAGCCAGCGAGCUCGGCCUCCGCCCUGGAAUCGCGAUCGGAAGUGGUGUCAUUGAUGCAUACGCAGGCUGGAUUGGAACCGUUGGCGCCAAAGUAGAGAUGGAACUGAACGGUCACAAGGGAACCACAUACAAGGCAGGCGACGGUCGUAUUGAAGCAUUCAAACGCCUCGCCGUCGUGGCCGGGACAUCAACCUGCCACAUCGCAAUGUCACCCAACCCGGUGUUCGUCCCCGGUGUAUGGGGACCAUACCGAGAUACCAUCUUCGCCGACUGCUGGAUGGCUGAAGGAGGCCAGUCUGCCACCGGCCAACUUCUACGACAUGUCCUUGAAACACACCCAGCAUCAAAAGCAGCUUUCGCCCUCGCUGAAAGCCAGGGAACAAACAUCUUCAGCCUCCUCAACACCCACCUCGAAACCCUAACCGCCAAGCGCAAGCUCCCCUGCAUCGGCAAACUAGCGCGAUAUUUCUUUUUCUACGGCGACCUCUUCGGAAACCGGUCACCUCUCGCAGACCCGAAAAUGACCGGCUCCCUCGUCGGUCUCACCAGCGACACCUCGAUCGAAAACCUCGCGAUCCACUACUACGGCACGCUCGAAUUCAUCGCCCUGCAAACAAAGCAAAUAGUCGACACAAUGAACAGCUCCGGCCACUCUAUCAGCUCCAUAUUCAUGUCCGGAUCGCAGUGCCAGAACGACAUAUUGGUCAAAUUGAUUGCGUCCGCGUGUAACAUGCCCGUCGUCGUUCCGCGCGGACGUUACGUCGAGGCGGCUGUGUGCCACGGGGCUGCAAUGCUGGGUGUGAAAGCUGGAAACGUAGAUUCUGAGGGACAGACUCUUGAUUUGUGGGACGUUAUUGACCAUAUGAGCAAGCAUGGGAGCAUCUUCUAUCCGGCUGAGGGAGGAUAUGAGAAAACGCUUCUUGCUGCCAAGUAUCAGGUCUUUCUGGACCAGUGUCAGCGACAGCGUGAGUAUCGUGCGAUGGUAGACAAGGUUUUUUAG